GGGCGGGGCAGGGUAGGGCGAGCGGGGGGCACCCGGGCCCUCUGUCCGCCCGGCGUCCCGGGGCUCCCGGGCCCGGUGCCCAUGGCUCGGUGGGGACGGGUGGACCCCGGGCAGCCUGCUGUCACCUGCCGAGCCGCGGGAGCGAGCGAUCUGGGGAAAGGUUGAAGUGUCCGCUGCCUGCGCGUCUUCUUCGCUGCGGCCGCUGCGUGAGAACACUGCUGUGGGUGUUCUUGGGCCCUUGCAUCACCGAUGCAAAAGGCCAGUGCUGGUUCUUCAGAAUGAAGCCCUUUAUCCGCAGCGGCGCUCCUACACCAGCGAGGAUGAGGCCUGGAAGUCUUUCCUGGAAAACCCUCUCACUGCAGCGACCAAGGCAAUGAUGAGCAUCAACGGAGAUGAAGACAGCGCAGCUGCCCUGGGCCUGCUCUACGACUACUACAAGGUUCCCAGAGAGCGCCGGUCUUCCACAGCAGCAAAGCCAGAGGGGGAGCACCCAGAGCCAGAGCACAGCAAAAGAAGCAGCAUGCCAAAUGUGACGGAGCAGCCCCUCAUUUCCACUGGAGAGAACAGAGUGCAAGUGCUGAAAAACGUGCCCUUCAACAUUGUCCUCCCCCACGGCAACCAGCUGGGUGCUGAUAAGAGAGGCCACCUGACAGCUCCUGAUACAACAGUCACUGUCUCCAUAGCAACCAUGCCUACCCACUCCAUCAAGACAGAAAUCCAGCCGCACGGCUUUGCUGUGGGAAUCCCCCAAUCAGUGUACCAUCCAGAGCCCGCCGAGCGCGUGGUGGUGUUUGACCGCAACCUCAACACCGACCAGUUCAGCUCCAGCACUCAGCCGCCCAAUGCUCAGCGGAGGACUCCAGACUCCACCUUCUCGGAGACCUUCAAGGAGGGCGUUCAGGAGGUCUUCUUUCCCUCGGACCUGAGCCUUCGGAUGCCGGGCAUGAAUUCAGAGGACUAUGUGUUUGACAGUGUUUCUGGGAACAACUUUGAGUAUACCCUAGAAGCCUCAAAGUCACUUCGGCAGAAGCAAGGGGACAGCACUAUGACAUACCUGAACAAAGGCCAGUUCUACCCUGUCACCUUAAAGGAAGUAAGCAGCAACGAAGGGAUCCACCACCCAAUCAGCAAAGUUCGAAGCGUGAUCAUGGUGGUUUUUGCUGAGGACAAAAGCAGGGAAGACCAGCUACGACACUGGAAGUAUUGGCACUCCCGGCAGCACACGGCCAAGCAGAGGUGCAUCGACAUCGCCGACUACAAAGAAAGCUUCAAUACCAUCAGCAACAUUGAAGAGAUUGCUUAUAACGCCAUCUCCUUCACCUGGGACAUCAACGAUGAGGCAAAGGUGUUCAUCUCCGUCAACUGCUUGAGCACGGACUUCUCUUCUCAGAAGGGCGUGAAGGGCUUACCCCUCAACAUCCAGAUCGACACGUACAGCUAUAACAACCGCAGCAACAAGCCAGUGCACCGUGCCUACUGCCAGAUAAAGGUUUUCUGUGACAAGGGAGCUGAGCGGAAAAUCAGGGAUGAAGAACGAAAGCAAAGCAAGAGAAAAGUUUCCGAUGUUAAAGUGCAGCUGCUUCCCUCACACAAGCGGACGGACAUCACGGUGUUCAAGCCCUUCCUGGAUCUGGAUACCCAGCCUGUUCUCUUCAUCCCUGAUGUGCACUUUACCAACCUGCAGCGGGGCAGUCAUGUUCUUUCCAUCCCCUCUGAAGAACUGGAAGGUGAAGGGUCUGUCUUGAAAAGGGGCCCGUUCGGAACCGAAGACGACUUUCUAGUUCCUCCACCUGCUAAGAUGACCCGGACAGAAGAGCCGAAGAGAGUGCUGCUCUACGUCCGGAAGGAGUCAGAGGAGGUCUUUGAUGCUCUGAUGCUAAAGUCCCCGUCUUUGAAGGGCUUGAUGGAGGCGAUCUCAGACAAGUAUGAUGUCCCCCAUGAGAAGAUUGGGAAAAUAUUUAAGAAGUGCAAAAAAGGGAUCCUGGUGAACAUGGACGACAAUAUCGUGAAACACUACUCCAAUGAAGACACCUUCCAGCUGCACAUUGAAGAAGCCGGCGGGUCGUACAAGCUCACCCUGACAGAGAUUUAAGGUGCGGGGCACUCAGCCCCCAGGUAUGGGAGUUUCAUGAAAGUGUUCCGUAGAACUUAUAGUUUGGCCACCUGAGGAGCCCGGGCACCCACCCUGCCAACACCUUGACUAUCAGGGAAGGAACCUUUCACGUAGGAGAUGGCGCUGCGUGUAGCAUGCUGUGCUGCUGUUUCAUGCGUGGUUGUGUUUGAGUUUCUGAGAACCUUGUUCCGGAUAUAACAGACCAUGGGAACCUUUGGGUUAUCGCUAUGUUACUUACCAAAUCUCUGGAGAUCUGCCUAUGUCCACGAGAGCGGUGGGCUGCUGGCUGGCAAGAGUCGGGAAGGCAACAGCUUGUCUUUGAGGACUCUGUGUUCUUGCCUGGCCUCAAUCUAACUCCAGCCGCCUUGGGGAGUGGGCCCAGCCCUGAGCAAUAAAGGAUUGAGUCCUCUCCUCCACCUCUCCUCUCCGAUGUUUACUAACUAGGGUGCGUUCCUGGAAUCUUCCUUGCAACUUCCUUGGACAUAUUGACUGCCUUUCUUAUGAAGAACCUGAGUAGGUGAAGUGUGAAGUUAGUUCAGUUAAAAGCUGCGUUGUAUAUAAGUGCAAUAUCUUUUUGAAGGUCUGCCUGUAAAUGUGUACAUACAUGUCGGAUAUAAAUAUAAUAUAUAUAUAUAUAUAUAUGGUGUCUGUGUACAGAUAAUGGAGGCGAGCAGGAAGACCUACUUUGAAAACUCUCCCCAGAGAAGAGGUUAAGUUAUUUUUGAUAAUGUGGACCAAGCAGGUAGAAUGCGUUUUCCCAAACACAAGCAAGUGUUCCCUAGCAAAAAGCCGUCUCAAGUGGCAGAGCCGCCUGCUCUUGAGAGUGUCGCCUCCUUGGGGGUGUCUGUGCCCUAAGUGGAGCUAAUGGAGGACGGACUCGGCUGCAGCUACUUAUGAGGUGUGUAUCCGAGUGUCAGCAAGCUGUGCCCAUGCAGUGUCACAGCUGUCAUCGUGAGCCAGUGACACACCCAGAAGUGGACCUACUUCCUCGAGUACCGUGUUUCAGAACUUUCUACCAAGGGCUGACUAGAAAGCCCUCGUUGAUUUACAUCACUGUGGCAGGGGAAUGUUUUGUGCACACUUAAAUAUUAAAAACAAAAUUUUACAAUGUAAUUUUGUAACAAAUCUUGUAACAGAAAUACAAUUGCAGGUCUCUUUAGGUUCAGGGAACUAGAAUAGGUCAUUUGUAUGAAUAGGAUGGUUAGCUGUAUACUUAGGUAAAAAUAUUCUAAUGAAGUAUGUGAACAAAAUAGCUGGUUUUCUAAGAUACGGGAUACGGGUCAUAUAACACUAUUUUAUAUUUUGUUUUAUGAAAUAAAUUUUACUCAUUUUAA